AUGUCCGCUCUCAUUCGUUCUGCGCCUAAAGCUGCUGCUGCCUCUCGUAUCUUCCUCCGUGGAGCUGCUACUCGUACUGAGUCCGAUUUGCUCGGAGAGCUCCAGGUCCCUGCUGACCACUACUACGGAGUCCAGACCAUGCGUGGUUACCUGAGCUACGAUAUUACGGGAAAGAGACUUUAUGACUUCCCCAACUACAUCAAGGCUUACGGUAUGGUGAAGAAGGCUGCCAUCACCGCCAACAACCGCCUCGGUCUCGUUCCUGAUGACAAGGCCAACGCCGUCAAGCAGGCUUGCGAUGAAGUCAUUUCUGGAAAGUGGAACUCUGAGUUCAUCGUGGAUAUGAUUCAGGGAGGUGCUGGUACUUCUACCAACAUGAACACCAACGAGGUGAUCACCAACCGCGCUCUGGAGAUCAUGGGUCAUCCUCGUGGAGACUACGAGUUCAUCAGCCCCAACGAUAUCGUGAACAAGUGCCAGUCCACGAACGAUACCUAUCCUAGCUCUGCUAAGCUGGGUAUGUAUCUGGACCACUUCGCCAUGGUGGAGCAGAUGCAGCUCCUGGUCGAUUCCUUCGCCAAGAAGGCUGAGGAGUUCAAGGACGUGAUGAAGAUGGGUCGUACCCAGCUUCAGGAUGGAGUGCCCAUGACUCUGGGACAGGAGUUCCAUGCCUACUCCACCACCCUUCAGGAGGAUGUGGAUCUGGUCAAGGAGGCCGCCAAGGUGUUCCUGACUGUGAACCUCGGAGGUACUGCCAUUGGUACCGGAACUGCUGCUCACCCCGACUACUCUGCUGCCGCUGUGAAGGCUCUGCGUGAGAUCACCGGUUUCGAUAUUCAGAUUGCUCCCGAUCUGAUCAACGCUUCCUCCAACACCUCCGGUAUGCUCUACUUCUCUGGAGUGCUCCGCCGCUGCGCCGUGAAGCUGUCCCAGAUCUGCAACGAUCUGCGUCUGCUGGCUUCUGGACCUCGCUGCGGUCUCCAUGAGAUCAACCUGCCUCCUCGCGCUCCUGGUAGCUCGAUCAUGCCCGGCAAGGUGAACCCUGUGAUUCCCGAAGUGGUGAACCAGACCUGCUUCCAGAUCAUCGGAGGUGAUCUGACCUGCGGACUCGCCUCGGAGGCUGGUCAGCUGGAGCUGAACGUGAUGGAGCCCGUGCUCAUCUACAACCUGUUCAACAACAUCAACAUGUUCACUCGCGCCACCAAGACUCUGCGCACUCUCUGCGUCGAUGGCAUUACUGCUGAUAAGGCUCAGUGCGAGAAGCUGCUGAACAACUCCAUCGGUAUUGUCACCGGUCUGCUGCCCUACAUUGGCUACAAGAAGUGCUCGACUGCCGCCAAGAUCGCCAACCAGACUGGAAAGUCUGUGAAGGACGUGCUGGUGGAGCAGGGCUUCUGCACCAAGCAGGAGGUCGAGGAGCUGCUGGUCCCUGAGAAGAUGACCAAGCCCAACUACAUUACCAAGAAUAAUAGUAAUGUCGAUGUGAUUUGCCUGUUUGUUUGUUUGAUUUCACACUUUCCUCUUUCCAUGAGCCUUUCCAAGAACCAGCUGAAGAAAGAGAUAUUUGAGAUCCUGCAAAACAGCGAUCUGACCGUCUUGACGAGAAAAUCCGUCCAGAAUCAGUUGGAGCAAAAGCACGGAAUAAGCCUUGCAGAUCGAAAAGGAGAAAUCAAAGUAGCGAUCAACGAUUUUCUCCUGCUAAGUAACGUUAUUUCUAAUAGUCAAAAGGCAAAAGAACAAACCCCGCCAGACAAUCACACAUCGAAUACUGAUGAGCUACAUCGAGGUGGCUCAGACGACAGAUCGAAGACAGAGGAGAGCUAUUCUCUUGGCGAGGAGGAAAAGCGGGAAGUAGACCUGCUUUUUGCCCAGACUGCUUCCGCCAGUCAGACCGAAAACGCAGCGACGGUUCCGCCAGAGACGGAUGAUAGCCAAACAGAAAGGCAGGGCUAUGUGCCGGAUGCGGACCUUGCUGUGAUCGUCGGCAAAGAGGAACAAUUCCGCUACCAAAUGAAUAAGCGACUGUGGAAAUACAUUUACACGCACGACCUGCUCUCAGAGAAUACGGUGAAGUGUGACGAGACCCUCCAGAAACUCACCCACAAAACGGAACUCAAAAAGAAUGAAGUCUAUAUAUCCUUCUUUUCUUUUCUGCUUAGCAUCAUCAAGGAGCACUCGGCGCCCGGAGAUCCGCUUCCGUCCAAGCAGAAAAGCAGGCAAACGGCGGCAGGCACCGUGGUGACCACGCGGAAAUCGUACAAAGUGUCUCCGGAGUUGCAGGCGGUGAUUGGUUGUACGCACUGCACGCGAAGCGACUGCCUGAAGAAGAUUUGGCAGUACAUUCGGGAGCAUCAGCUGCAAAAUGCGGAGAGGAAAUGCAUCGUGAAUGACGCCGCGAUGAAGGCUGUGUUUGGGACGGACGAAAUGAAAUCGGUGGAUAUUAUGGUAGUGUGCGGGAGAAGGUGGCGAGUAGAAAUCCCUUCCGCGCCAUAUGGAGGAAGACGGCGUGGUGGAGGUAGAAGUGGAGAAGAAAGAGAAGGCCCAGGCAGAGUCCAAAUCGAAGUCCAAUUCAAAAGCAAAAUCCAAAGCAAAGUCAAAGCCAAAGUCAAAUGGGAGUGGAAGUGGGAAUGA